AUAACAGCGAUAUAUCAGAUAUCACGAUAUUUUCGUACAUUUCUCACAUCCACAACAAAACAAAAUGGAGGUCUUUGAUGUGUCGCGUUGUCUUGAAAUUUGCUGCUAGAAUUUUGCGUUAAACGCGAAUGUGUUUCACUGCGAAUAUGUCAAAGGUCGGCCAUGAAGUGCGCGAAACUCGAGACACAAAUGACUUUUUCCAUAUAAAAGCAACAACAAGACGUUAAAUUGCACACCAGUUGUAAUUAAGUUUAGUAGUUAGAACCCGCAACCAACCAAUAUAUAAUCAUAAUCGAUAAGGCAAAGGUGGAUACGGAGAUACCAGAGACUAGAGACCAGAUCCCCGGGGAAAAGUGAGCAGAGGGGAAAGGAUAUCCGCACCCCUGAGAAGUGCAACUUCUCCGCAACCGUCUGGUUCUCGGUCCUCAGUCCUCGGCUACUUUUGGGCUUUCGACAUUUUGAAAACGGCCACGCGUAGAAAGCAGCAUCAAAAUUAAGCCAAUACACGUCCAAACCUAAAACGCAGCGGCGUCGCGUCCUUCGACGCGUAACGGACAUUUCUGUGUGCGCUGCGUUUAAAAAAUCUGAUGGAUGGAAAUGCACAAAAUAUGUUUCACGGAAAUCAUCAAGGAGAUCCCUAUUACCGUUACGAUGCGGCAGCCGCCGCAGCAGCCGCCGCCGCGGCGAAUCCUCGGGCAAUGGGACCGCCCGGUGGCUAUCCGCCACGUCACCGCCCCCCACAUCCCCUACAGCAACAGCCCCAAUACCCAUCGUACCAGCCAACGGCGGAGAAUCUCUACGGGCUGGGGGCCGCCGAUCACCAGGCGGCCAUGGGCGUUGGCCUCGGCGUUGGAGUGGGUGCCGGGAUGGGUGAUCUAAGCGGUUGGGGAGCGGCGCCCUCGGUUCCGGGCCAGGCAGCAGCGUAUCCCGGAGCCGGGCUGGGGGCCUACGGUCAUCCGCAAGCAGCUCCACCGGCGCAGCAGCAGCGCCAGAGCAACGCCAGCGCAUACCGCCAACACAUGCCCGCCUACGGACAACAGGACCAGCAGAAGCUUGCGACCUACAGCGCGCAACAGAGCAUGAUGGCGGGAUACGGAUCGCUGGCGCCCCAGCAGCAACAGCAGCAGCAACCGCCCACUCCCCAGCAGCAGCAGGUGCAGCAGCAAGCACAGCAGGUGCAACAGCAGGCGCAGCAGCAGCAACAGCAGCAGCAGCAGAGUCAGCAGCAGGCUCGACUGCCGCAGCAUUAUCCGCAGGCUCCUGGCCAGCAUCCGUUGUAUCCGGGGGUGGGGGCACCCGCCGUCCAGGCGGGACAACCUCCCACGCCCCAAGCUUAUGCUCACAGUCCGUACGGCAGUCCCAUGCAACACCAACCGAGCAGAGGAGCGCCCCAGCACGUGGGCUACGGUCACACAGGACUGGAUCAGGCUUCAGCUUAUGGGCAACAUGUGCCGGGAGCAGCGCCACCGGGCCACCACUUGACAGCGCAGCAGCAGCAGGCUGCGCAGCAAUUGGGCGCCCACCAGCAGCAACAGCUCCAAUCGCAGCAGCAACAGCAGGCGCAGCAGCAGCAGCCUCACGUCUCGCUGAUGCAGCAGCAACAGUUGCCGGGCGCUGGAUUACCGCCACCGCACAUGGGAAUGCCUCCCAGCUACGGAAGCCACCACCAGCAGCAGCAACAACAGCAACAGCAGCAGCAACAGGCCCAGCAGCAACAGCAGCAGGCAGCACCGCCUUACAUGUCCAGCAGCAAACAUCAACAGGCGGCCGCCCAGCUGAAUUCCUCGCCCCAGUACCGCGCUCCCUUCCCUCAGCUUUCGCCACAAAUGUCGCCACGUCCGCCGACAAUGUCGCCGCAUCCACAGAUGUCUCCGCGACCAGUGGGCGUGUCACCGGCGAAACCACCACCCCCUCAACAACAGCAGCAGCAAACGCAGGCACAGCAGCCUCAACAGGUGGUGAACAAUCAGCCCAGCCAGCACAGCAUUCAAGGCAUGGUGGGUCUGCCAUCGCCUCGACCCCAGCCGCCCACAAGUGGAGCAGGGGGAGCGGGAGCGAAGGUUCCAGCGCCAGUUGCUGCACCCGUAAACACGUUACAGGCCCUUGAACAAAUGGUGAUGCCGUCGCAAGCUCUCGGGCUCCCGCCCAUGGACUAUCCGUCGGCCUACAGAAGUGCUGUGGGUCCCAGGAUGCCCGCAUCACCGCAGCAACAGCAGCAGCAACACCACCAACAAUGGGGCGCGGCUCAUGGAGCUCAGCACUUGGCGGCCCUGCAGCAGCAGCAGGCCCAACAGCAAGUGCAACAGCAGCAACAGGCACCACCACAGCAGCAGCAGGCGGCCAUGUUGCAGGCUCAGCAACAACAUCACCAGCAACAACUAAGCAUGUAUGGUGCGAUGGGGCAGCAACAGCAACCCCAAACCCCGCAGCAACAGGUUGUGCCACCAGUGGCUGCACAGCAACCGCCAGUGGUGGCCAGCCCCCAGCAGCAGCAGCAACAACAGCAGCAGCAACACCAACAGCAAUCGCUCAACGAUCAAUUGCAGCACUCGAUCAACGAUAUUGUUGGGGGAGGUAACAGCAGUGGGGCAACUGGAAGCACUCAAAGCCAACAGCAGCAACCCCAACUGGCGGCCAUGUCCUCGCCGUUGCAUCAGCAAAGUCUACCGAGCAUGCACCAUUUAAUACAGCCUACCAUGGAGACAGCACAACCGACGCAGCAGCAACAGCAAACGGCACAACAGCAACAACCACAGCAGCAGCCACCGCAAGCGACUCUAACAUCGCCGCACCACCAGCAAAUGCAACAUCAGUCACCCAUACACCAGCAGCAGCAGCAACAGUCACCGCACCACCAGCAACAUCUACCCAGCUACAAUCAGUCGCAGCAGCAGUUCGAUCCUUUUGCUAACAUACUAGGAGACAAUCAGCCACCUGCGCCCCAACAGACAAUGUCGCCCGCUCACGUGAGUUCGCCAAUACCCGCGCAAAUGCAGCAACAGCAGUCACAUCAGACACAGCAGCCAGCCCAGCAAGUACCACAAACCCAGCAACAACAGUUGCCUCAGCCACAGCAGCAAACGCAGCAACAACCUUCGACACCGUCACAUCACCUAAGCAGCAUUCUCAACGAAACAGCCAACUCGAAUGAUUCCUCCACUUUGGCAGUGGCUGCUAAUGACAGUAACAACAGCAGCAGCAAUAGUAGCACCAACAGCAUUGUCAACAACCAGCCCACUUCGGUGCAUGACAGCAACUCGCAGAGCAGCAUUAACAGCAGCAGCAACAACCAGCAACAGUUGCUCAUGGACAACACGAAUUCGCAUGGAGGAAAUUCGGAAUCUGCCCAGCAUGUAGGAGUGGAUGUUGGCCUUUUUGAUAACAACUCUAUGUCCUCCACAUCUGCAGCAGUGGCUGCCGUUGCCUCAAAUGCUGCUUCUGCUGCAGCUGCACUUUUGGAUAGUAAUUCUCAGUCCUCAAAUGCAGAGUUUGAGAAGAAUCAGAGCGAAGGCGAGGGACUCGGAGGUGUGUCUGGAGCUUCUGCCAAUGAAACUGAGUUGCCACAGGAUGAGAACAGCGUUUCCAAAACCCAAGAAGUAAGUCUAAGCACCGAAUUGCCGGCAGUUCAGGAGGAUCUGCAAGAUAAGCCCUCCGAAGAGAUGGAACAAACUCAACUAGGUCAAUCUCUAGGGGAUUUAUCUAGCUCUUUGCUAGAGGAACCCAAAAUCGUGGAGGAAAUGGGAGAGGAUAAAUCUCAACCUGCAACUGGAGUGGUACCCCCUGUGGAUCCCACCACCCUAGUUGGACAACCGCCUCAGCAACAGGUGCCUGCUAUGGGAAUGCCCUUGCACCCAAUGGCCCCCGGGUACGAUGCCCAGGCUCAAGGGCAGGGUCACAUCCCACCAAUGAUGCCACCGUACGGCGGAGCGCCUGGCAUGUAUCCACCUUACCCGAUGCUGCAUCAGCAAGAGAUUGCUGCACUGCAGCAGCAGAUCCAGGAACUGUAUUGCAUGCCUCCAGGUCAUGAGCUCCAGCACCAGGAUAAGUUAAUGCGAAUGCAGGAGCGAUUAAAUCUUCUGACGCAACACGAAAUAAACGAUCAGUGUGCUGGCGGCCCUCAGUGCUUGCUCUUCCAGAACGUUCCCCCAAUGUAUGGACCACCAGGAAAUCCCUUGCUCAACCAGCAAAUGGUAGAGAGCCCACAAGUAUCCAGUACCACGGGAAGAGGCCGGGGAAAAGGAGCCAACAAACCACGGAAACCCCGCGCGAAGAAGGGCGAAAAAGGUCAGGUGGGUCAGCAGCAGGAUCUAAUGGAUAUCAGCGGCAAUGUGGUUACUGGAGCAGCCAACGCCAUUCCAAGUAUCCCAACGACACAGCUUCCCGUCUCUGAGGACUGCGUGACUCAGGGUGCGGGAGAUACCAGCGUGGUCGGAAUGCUGGAGUACAGCGAAGGCAUGGGCGAUCUUUCGCAAGAUGUGCACUCAGCCAAUGAACUGGAUACCUCCACAGAUGGCAGUGGCAAAAAGAAGAAGCCUCGCAAGCCCAGGACACCCAAGGAUCCGAAUAAACCUCCGCGAGAUAGGACUCCGAAGGCCAAGAAACCUAAGGAUCCCACUGAUCCGAACUCUACCGAGACACCAGCAGCGGGCAAAAAACGAGCCAGUGUUGCUAAGCGCAGGAAACAGUACGGAGAGGAUGGUACCGAGCAAACGGGCGAGGGCAGCGAAGUGGAAGACAACAAACCGUUGGUGCCCAAAGCGGGAUCUGCCGAUGGCGAAGCAGAAACCACUUCGGGAGGAACAGGCGUGGACGGAGAGUCUCCAGACUACGAUGACAUUCCCGUCUCAAAAAUUCCACGGGGCGCCAAUGAAGACGACAAGGACGCGGAGGCCGGCGAUGAAACUGUUGACUCUGUUCCAGAUUCGGCAGGAGAUCCUGCCUCCACUCCGAGCAGAAGAGAUCGCAAACGAUCCACUGCUAGGAGUCGUCGCAAUGCGAAUUCUGAGGAGGGUGGUAGUGCGCGCAAAAACCGUGGCUCUCUCUCCGCCAAGGCACUUAAAAAGCGUAGAAACAGGGGACGAAUUGUGCCUGAAUCCGAUGGCGAAGAUGACACCAUGGACAGAACUCCGCCCCCAUCACCUCCCCCAGACUCUGAACUGGAUUCCAACAAGCGAAGAUCUUCAAGGAACACACAAAGGAAGAAGUACAUCGAUGAUGUUAUGCUGAGGUUCUCCGAUGAUGAAAACUCUUUGUUGGUAGCGUCUCCUGUAAAGAAGGAUAAGAAAUCAUCCGCAAAUGCGGCUAAUUCCAAUGCAGGCAGUGAUGUGGAAAAAACAGAACCGCAAUCUGGUGCCGAAGGAGAGGCUGGCCAGGAGGUGGGUGAAGAGAAGUCUAAUCUACCCAUGGACGAGAGCAGCCAAUUGGAAGCCAGUUCGAGUACUUCAGCAGCAGCAGCGGCGGCGGCAGUAGAAAAGGAGCGACAAAUCUCCAGCGAUGCCGCAAACGCGGCCAUGUCUUCUAAGCCCAAUUACGUGUAUAUAAACACUGGCGAUGAAGACAGCAUGGUCGUUCAAUUAGUGUUGGCCAUGCGAAUGGGAAAACGUGAACUCAUCCCCGAAAAACCCAAGGAAAAAGCGCCCGAACCCAAAAAGGAGGAAGAGAAAUCGGGAUCUGAAGAAGCUUCAACUGAAAAAGGCGAUGACGAUGAAAAACCCAAAACGGAGAGUGAAGGGGGUGAGUCCAAAGAAGAUUCAACCGAUAUAGAGGGAAAAAAAUCGGAGUCCUCCGAAAUGGAAGUGGAGGGCAAAGAGGAGUUGGAACCUGUAGAUACUAAGAAAUCUGAAAAGGACAAUAAAGAUGUGGAAAAAAUGGACGUAGACGAUGAAGCUGAAAAAUCAGAUAAUGAAGCUAAACCAGAAGAGCAAUCAGAAACAGUAAAGACUGAUGAUAGUGCUGAAAUCACUGAGGAAGACAAAUCCUCUAACGUAGAAACGGCAGAGGAGGCCAAGGAAACCGAGAUUGGCGCGGUGAAAAUGGAUGUAGACGAGAAGGAAGGUGAAGAUAAGUCACCUAAAUCCAAAGAAGAAUCUGACGAAAAAUCUACUGACGAAGCCAAACCCGAGGAGGCUACUACAGAAAAAGUUAUGGAAGCUUUAGAAAGUGAAGGCGAAAAAGAGCCUGGCAAGGAGGGAGAAGAAGCCACAAAGAAGGAUAGUGGCGACGAAAACGAAGCUGACAAGGAAAACAAACCCGAACCCGUCUUUAUCGAUGUGGAAGAGUACUUUGUGAAGUAUCGCAAUUUCAGUUACCUUCAUUGCGAGUGGAGAACCGAAGAGGAACUUCUGAAGGGUGAUCGUCGCGUGGCUGCCAAGAUUCGUCGCUUUCAGCAAAAGCAAUCCCAGCAAUUGAAUAUAUUCGAGAACAUCGAAGACGAGCCCUUCAAUCAGGACUUUACCGAAGUCGAUCGAGUGCUGGACAUGUCCGUUCACACGGAUGAAACCAGUGGGGAGACCACAAAGCACUACCUGGUCAAGUGGAAGUCACUUCCCUAUGAGGAUUGCACCUGGGAGCUGGAAGAAGAUGUAGAUAACGACAAGAUCGAGCAGUACCUGCGCUUUAACAAAAUUCCUUUGAGGUGCGAAUGGAAGUCUAAAAAGCGUCCGCAUCCAGAACUGUGGAAAAAACUGGAGAAGACUCCGAUCUACAAGGGCGGAAAUAGCCUUAGACCCUAUCAGCUAGAGGGUCUCAAUUGGUUAAAGUUUUCCUGGUACAAUACUCACAACUGCAUCCUGGCCGAUGAAAUGGGUUUGGGAAAAACAAUCCAGAGUUUGACCUUUGUGCACUCUGUUUAUGAGUACGGAAUCAGAGGACCCUUCUUGGUCAUAGCUCCCCUCUCCACCAUUCCCAACUGGCAGCGAGAAUUCGAGGGUUGGACUGACAUGAACGUUGUGGUUUAUCACGGUUCUGUGACCAGCAAACAAAUGAUACAGGACUAUGAAUACUACUAUAAGACAGAAAGUGGAAAGGUCUUGAAGGAGCCCAUCAAGUUUAACGUAUUGAUCACCACUUUCGAGAUGAUUGUGACGGAUUACAUGGACCUAAAGGCCUUUAACUGGCGCCUUUGUGUGAUUGAUGAAGCUCAUCGGCUCAAAAACAGGAAUUGCAAGCUCCUCGAGGGUCUGCGACAGCUGAACUUGGAACAUAGGGUCCUGCUCUCCGGAACUCCCCUGCAGAACAACAUCAGCGAGUUGUUCUCGCUGCUAAAUUUCCUGGAACCCUCGCAGUUCUCCUCACAGGAAGAGUUCAUGUCCGAGUUUGGAAGUCUUCGCACUGAGGAAGAGGUGAAUAAGCUGCAAGCUCUUCUAAAACCUAUGAUGCUGCGUCGUCUAAAAGACGACGUGGAGAAGAGCUUGGCGCCCAAGGAGGAAACCAUUAUCGAAGUGGAGCUCACUAACAUACAAAAGAAAUACUACCGAGGUAUACUGGAACAGAAUUUUAGUUUCCUGAAAAAGGGAACUACAUCUGCUAAUAUUCCCAACCUAAUGAACACCAUGAUGGAGUUGAGAAAGUGCUGCAUACACCCUUAUCUCUUAAAUGGAGCAGAGGAACAAAUCCAAUAUGAUUUCAAAUCCCAGCAUGGCGAGGAUCCAGAGUCUUAUUACAAGAACCUAAUUUUAUCCGCUGGUAAAAUGGUUUUGAUUGAUAAAUUGCUACCCAAACUGAAAGCAAAUGGCCAUCGCGUGCUUAUAUUUAGUCAGAUGGUGCGUUGUUUGGAUAUCUUAGAGGACUAUUUGGUGUACAGAAAGUAUCCCUUUGAGCGAAUUGAUGGACGCAUUCGUGGCAAUCUGCGUCAGGAAGCCAUCGAUCGUUACUCCAAGCCAGGAUCCGACCGUUUUGUAUUCUUACUCUGCACUAAAGCAGGAGGAUUGGGCAUUAACUUAACAGCGGCCGAUACUGUCAUUAUAUACGAUUCGGAUUGGAAUCCACAGAACGAUUUGCAGGCUCAGGCCCGAUGCCAUCGUAUUGGCCAAAGGAAAAUGGUUAAGAUCUACCGAUUGCUCUGCAGAAAUACCUACGAGCGUGAAAUGUUUGACAAGGCUUCGAUGAAACUUGGAUUGGACAAGGCCGUCCUGCAGUCGAUGAACACCCAAGGCUCUAAGGAUGGCAACAACAAGCAGCUGUCUAAGAAGGAGAUCGAAGAUCUUCUAAAAAAGGGAGCCUACGGCGCUGUCAUGGAUGACGACAAUGCUGGUGACAAGUUCUGCGAAGAGGACAUCGAUUCAAUCCUUAAGCGCCGCACUCAAGUCAUCACCAUGGAAUCGGAGAAGGGCUCGACCUUUUCGAAAGCCUCAUUUGCUGCCUCCGGCAACCGAUCGGAUAUUACCAUCGAUGAUCCCGAUUUCUGGACCAAGUGGGCCAAGAAGGUUGACAUUGAUCCCGAUGCCUGUGAGCGAGAUGAAACAGAGGAUUUAGUUUUGUCCGAACCGAGAAGACGCACUCAAAUCAAACGCUAUGGCCACGAGGAUGUGAUGGAGCUCAAUUCCGAAGAUUCUUCCAAUGAGAACAGCGAUGAAGAGGGAGGAAUAGGUCUCCGCUCUCGACGACGAAAAGAAAAGCGCGACCGUACUCGGGAAAAGAAGGGCCACGAUGAAUACAUUCCACGAGAACGGGAUGCCUUGGCUGCUUUGGGAUUGGAGGAGAUUCAAUAUGGCAACUGGGCCAAGUCCGAGUGCUUCAAGGUGGAAAAGGGACUGCUCUCCUUUGGUUGGGGCCGAUGGUCGGAACUUUUGGAGUUGGGACAAUUUAAACGCGGUUGGCGCGAUAUAGACGUCGAGGAUUGUGCUCGCAUCAUCCUUCUUUACUGCCUGCAGGUCUACAAGGGUGAUGAGAAGAUCAAAACGUUCAUCUGGGACCUGAUUACGCCGACGGAGGAUGGGGAGGUGCAGAAGAUCAGCAGGGAUCAUAGUGGCCUACACAACUUGGUGCCACGAGGUAGGAACGCCAAAGGACGCAAUGGUGGCAAGUCGAACAAGGAAUCCACGGGAAUGUCUACUCCUGCUCCGGGCACUGCAUCCGGUAGCAAUAGCGGGAACACGACUCCGGCUCACAAAUCCAGCGCCCUGGAUGGAUCCGAUAAGGAUGGGGGCGGAAUCAGUGCCAGUGCCGUGGCCGCGGCGGUCACUAGUAUUCAUGACCCGAAUCACUGGAGCAAAAAGGAGAAGUACGACGCGGAUGCAUACUUGGAGGGCGCCUACAAAAAGCAUUUGGGCAGACACGCCAAUAAGGUUCUACUGCGUGUGAGGAUGCUCUAUUAUAUACAACAUGAGGUUAUUGGCGAGUUUGUUCAGCAGAUCAAGGACAAUACGCCCAUCAGCAGUACGAAAGCCAAGCAGCAGCUGGCACUAAAUCUGAAUCUGAAUCUGGAAAGCGAGCUCCCCAUUCGCCCGCCGCCAACGCCAGAUCAAGUGCCAUCCUCAUGGUGGAAUCCCAUUUGUUGUGAUAAGAGUCUGUUGGUCGGAACCUACAAGCAUGGCUGUGAAAUGUAUCGUCAAAUGCGCGCCGAUCCCAAUCUGUGCUUUGUCACCCAUGUGGGCGCCGGUGCGGCCGGUGACGAUUUGGCUGUCACGAAUUUGCCGAUAAACGAAGACGACGCAAAUUCGAAGCACGAUGAUGGCGACGAGGUGGACGACGACGGCACCACCACGACCAAAGACUCUGACUCCACCAAACUCACAGGCGGCGACAACAAGGACUCGCUUCUCGACCCGGAGCGCCCCAGUUCGUCGGGCUUGGACGAGGAGGAGAGCGUGGCCGGCAGCUAUCCGCCAACCGUGGCAGCCGUCGAGGAUGCCACAACCAUGUGGCCAUCGAUGCAGGACCUUAACACUCGCCUCCGACGCGUGAUCACCGCCUACCAGAGGAAUUACAAGAAGGAGGAACUGAAGUUGCAGCAGAAGGCCAAGCUCCAGGCAUUGGUUUCAUCGACGCCCCCGCUCUCGGUUCCCACCACACCUACCCUUCAGUCCAUGCAAAUGCAGCUACAGAGCGGCUCCGGCGGCAGUGGCUCCGGAGUGGGAUCCUCUGGUCAGCACGAUGGCAGUGGCCGAAGUCUCCAGGCGUUGAUGCAAUCGCAGGGGGCCAGCACAUCCGCAGCAGCGGCGGCGGCCGCAGCAGGUGCCGGAGGAUCCGGUGGUGGAUCCGGGCAGGUGGGCACAGGCGGAGCGGGAGUCAUGGCAGCCAUGCCCACCGCCGCCGACAUCAGCCUAAUGCUCAGCAUCCUCAACACCACAGAUGUCAGCCAGCUGGCCAACUUGGACAUCAAUAAACUGGCCAUGUACCUGGUCAGCAUGAACAAUAAAAUGGAGCGGCAGGGCAAGAUUGAACUGGCGGCCAAAGAGCGUGAGUCCCAGCGCCUUCAAUUGAUUCCCAAGAAGUGGAAUCGCCGGGAAGAAUACGAAUUCCUAAGAGUUCUUACCGGCUACGGUGUGGACCUACACUUAUCCACACCCAUGGGUUCCAAUGGAAGUUCUCUGUCGCCCGACUGGACGAAAUUCAAGCAGAUGGCUCACCUGGAAAGAAAGAGUGAUGAAACACUGACGGACUACUAUAAGGUCUUUGUGGCCAUGUGCAAACGGCAGGCGGGCUUGAAGCUCACAGAAUCGGAGCGCGGCCUAGAAGGCAUCAUCGAGGAAAUCGAGAAGGAGCACGCCAAGCUCAUACUGGAUCGCCUGGAAGUACUUGCCAAGCUCCGGGAAGUGGCUCGAAAUCCCAUACUGGAGGAGCGCCUAAAACUUUGCACAAAGAAUGCUGAUACUCCAGAUUGGUGGGAGCCUGGUCGGCACGACAAGGAAUUGAUCACGGCCGUCCUUAAGCACGGACUUUAUCGCUCAGAGACCUUUAUCUUUAAUGAUCCAAACUUCAGUUUCGGAGAGUCCGAGAAGCGUUUCAUUCGGGAAUUGGAAGCUCAGAUCCAGCGCACCAUCAAGCUAGAGGCUUUUAACGCUGAAAAGGCCGAGAAGUUAGCGGCAGCUGAAAAAGCAGCGGCAACUGAGAAGGCGGCAGCAGAAAAAGCAGCUUCCGUCAAGAAUGAAGUCAUAGAUCUAGAUGAUGAACUCAUGACCGAUGAGAGCGUCAUUAAAAAGGAAACUCCUGCUACCCCCGUAAAAGAUGAAAUUAAGGCGGAAGAAAGUCCAGAAAAGAAGGACAUUACUGACAGUCCCGAAGCUAAGAAAUCAGAGGUAGAAGAGCACACAAAGGUUGAAACAGAAGUCAAGGAUGUAGGAGAUUUGAAGGCAGAAGCCACAGAAAAGGAAUUGGUUGACGAAGUCGAAAAUUUAGAGAAGGAUAAAUCCAUUACUGAAAAAUUGGAACCAGAAGUUGAAGAAAGCAAGCCCAGUGAAGAGAAAAUGGAAACUGAGGAGUUAUCCAUUGCCGAAAAUGGUCAGGAGAAGGAAGGUUCUCCUGAAAAGUCCCCUGAGGCAGAGGAGAAAAAAUCUACAGAGGAAGAACCGAAAACAUCUGAAGCUCCUGGAGAAGAAGACUCAAAAAUGGAGGUCGACGAAGUUGCCUCUAAAGCGGAAGAAAAAUCUACUGAAGAUUUGGAAUCCUCCGAAAAGGAAUCUGAAGAUAAGGCUGUUGUAAAGACUGAUGAAGAGAAAGCAGAAGAAUCAAAAGAAGAGUCAAGUGAGCAAAACGAAGAUAAGGAGAAAGAUGCUCAAUCAAUCGCAGAAGCUGAGCCUUCUGAAAAAUCCCCAAUUCCUUCAGAAUCUGAGGCAGCUGCUCCCAAGAAACCUGCGGGUGAACAGGAGAUUCUCGACUUAGUGGCUGGGCCUUCAGAUCCUGACGAUGACGAGGUGAUGAAGGAGAAGGAGAAAGCCGUAGAAGAGGAGUGUAAAAAGCAGGCGGCCGAACUUAAAGCCCGCUUUCCGGAUCUAGAAGUAAUCCAACCCGCGACUGUGAAGCAGCAGAAGUUGGAGAAGCCCAAGCUGGAGAUGUGCAUGAUCCGAUGGUUCAAGGAUUUCGCCUUGGAGCGCCGCAUUGCGCACAUCGUGGCCUGCGUCGAGUCUGGAAAGUGGCCUGUGGAUAGCAAGUACAGUGCCUUUGCCAGCUGCAAGGGUGCCACUGACCUGAGCAUUGCUCUUCACGAAUCUAUUCCUCACCUGAGCAGUUUGGAGCGCCGCUCCACGACCCCCGAUGUCAUUACCAUCACCACGGAUCAGGGCGUAACAAAACACCUGCAGUCCUCGCAUAUGCAGCAGGUGGCCAGUUCAGCGUCCGCUGCCUCCUCGUCUUCGGGAAUACCCCAGGUCACUCAAUCGAAGCCAUCGUCUGGCAACAGUUUACCUGGUUUGGAUGCCAAAAGUAUCAAUGCUGCAGUGGCGGCGGCCGUGGCUGCAGCUGCCGCGGGUGGAAAUGCCACCUCGCUAUCUUCUCUGCUCCCCGGAAUGUCGCUGAGUGCGGCAACUGGCUCGUCAGCCGGAGGGGUGAGCGGGCUGAAUGUCCCAAGUGCUGGAUCUGGGGGCAAGAAGCGCAAGCGACACAUCGCCAUCGACGUAGAGACGGAAAGGGCUAAACUGCACGCCCUGCUUAAUAGUUCAACAAUGGCCCCCAAAGACUGGGAGAGUGAGAUUGCCAACAUGGAAGCCUUGACAGGCUCCUCUGGUCGUGGUCGAGGAGGUAACUCCUCUGCCCUGAGUGGCAUGCAGCCGCCCCCAGCCCAUCAACAUGCUUCGCUCUCGCGACAGUCCUCUGGGCAGUUUAGCAAGCCAGCUGUCCCCGCCCUGAAAACACCUCCACCCUCUAUGGGCGCACCAAUGGAUCUUUCCUCAAGCAGCCUGCCGAAGAUGAACAUGACUGAGAUGCUAAAGUCGGCCUCCAGUGCGGGAGCCAUCGAUUUGAGUGAGGUUCAAGACUUCUCUAUGCCCUCCAAGAAGUCCAGUGUGCAUGCUGCGCUAAGUUCCGCCUUUCCCUCAAUGGGCAGCAAGAGCAAACUGGACGACACCCUUAACAAACUGAUGAAAAAGAACAACUGCACUAUUGAAGAGCCUGUGAUUGGCAAGGAGAAAAAGCGCAAGAAGUUGGACGAGAUCGUGCUAGGCUUAUCGGCAGCAAAGGAACAAAAGACUUUCCCUGACCCAUCGCUGCCGUCCUCGAAAAAGCCACAGAUCCCGCCAAGCGUCUCAGUGACGCCAGCAAACCUGCAAUCUUCGGCCAGCCAGCAGUCCAACCAGAAACCCUUUACCAUCACUGUUACCACAGUGCCCGGAAAGUCCAAGGGCGGAUCGUCCAGCGGAGGAUCAGGCGCCGGAGGAAGCUCAUCGGCCAGCGGCGGAGGUGCCGGCGGCAGCGGCCUGAGCGCCCUGCAGAACAUGGCAAUGGGAGGACUGUCCUCCAAGGACAGUCUAAAUGCCCUGUUGGCCCAGACAAUGGCCACCGAUCCGCAGACGUUCCUCAAGCAGCAGCAGAAGAUGAUGCAGUUCCUUCCGCCUGCCCAACGAAAGGCGUACGAAAACAUGCUGGCCGAGAUGGAACAGGCCAUGAAGAUCAGCUCCAAGUUCUCAACCAACUCGCCGCACGACGUCAAGGUCAACAAGUGGCUGUCAGACAUGACAAGUCCACUGGGCGACCAGCUCAGCAUUGAUUACGUGGGCAGUGGCGGAGCAGGUGGUUCUGGAAGUGCCAACAGCCGGCGCUCAAACCGCCAGCAAGGCAACUCAUCGCAGCAAUCUUCGAGUGCCGCUCAGAUGCAGAAACAGCAGCAACAACAACAGCAGCAGCAACAACAGCAACAGCAGCAACAUUCGAUGGCUGGGCCUCAGAACCUGACAGGAGAGGAACCUGUACCAGUGAUCAAUAAGCAGACUGGAAAGCGUUUGGGAGGUAACAAAGCGCCGCAACUUAAGCGACUUAUGCAAUGGCUCACUGAGAACCCCAACUACGAAGUGGAUCCAAAGUGGCUAGAACAGAUGCAAAAUCCCAUGUCAGCACCGUCACCCAAACCUACAUCAAUGGACAGCAGCUAUGGCUCCUCGGCAGUAAAGUCGCACGGCGGUCGGCCGUCGUCAAACUCGAGUAACGCCUCAUCCUCGUCCCACACCCAGCAACAGCAACAAUCAUCUUCAGCCCAAUCGCCAGCGGGAGGGAACUCUGGCAGCUCCAAGAAAUCAUCCCGCCAGCAAACGGCGGCAUCAGCUGCCUUGGAUCAAGCUGCUUUACAAUUUGGCUCCCUCGCCGGUCUUAAUCCCAGUCUGCUGGCCAAUCUUCCCGGACUAGGAGCGUUUGAUCCCAAGAAUCCACUGGCUGCAUUUGACCCGAAGAAUCCGCUGCUAUCUAUGUCAUUCGGAGGAAUGCCCGGAAUGGGUAAUAUUCCUGGACUGGGUAACCUGAACAACAUGAAUUUGUUUGCCAGCUUGGCGGGAAUGGGAGGAUUGGGCAACCUGGCGGGGAUGGACACCCAGUCGCUGGCUGCGCUCAUGGCUGCUGCCGGACCAACUCUUGGCGGAUUGACUGGUGCGUCCGGAGGAGCGGGUUCCGGUAAGAGCCAGUCGCAGUCACAGUCGGGUGGUGGCUCAUCCGCUGCUUCCUCAUCCUCCUCAGCCAGUAAGAAGAAGCAACAGCAACAACAACAGCAGCAGCAGCAGGCGCAAAAUGAAGCCGCUCAAUUGGCGGCUGCUAUCAGCGCUAGCACUGGAGGAUCAUCUGGCGGAGCUGGCGGCAAGAACGCAGCAGCUUCUGCGUCACAAUUGGCUGCAGGAUUCCCCUUCCUAUUUCCGAAUCCGUCAUUGCUGUAUCCGCCCAUGGGAUUAGGUGGCCUGAAUCCGUAUUCACUGGGAUCCAGCGGUCUUGGUUCCGCAUACGAUCAGCUGGCCCAGCAGUACAACCUGCUAAAUGGAGCCACCUCAUCCGCGUCGAACACAAGCUCCACACAGUCUAAGUCCCAUCAAUCGCAGUCGAAGUCCAGUCAGUCGAGAAACGCCACAGCAACAGCUAACUCAGCAGCAAGUCUGAUGAACGCCAUGGCCAGUAUGGGCGGGGGUGCCAGCACAGUGACCACGCCCUCAACCUCAGCAUCCGGAUCCGGACGUGGCAGGCAGUCAAGCAGCAGAAGCCAAUCCCAAACAACGCCCACAGCGGCAGACAUGGCUCAACUGAGCAGUUUACUCAUGCCAGGUGCGGAUCCGCAUCUUCUCGAGUCGCUGAGCCGCAUGAGCAACAUGGAUUUGGCGCAGGCCACUCGAUUGAUGAGCUCCCUAGGAAUGCCGCCACUGCCCGGGACCCCCAGCUCUUCUGGAGGUGGUAACUCAUCUUCGAGCAAGAGAAGCAGUCAGGCAGCUAGUGAAGCCAACGCUCAGGCCAAGGAACAGCAAAAGUGGUUCGAGAGUCUGGCCCGCGGUGCACUGCCCACCGAUUUAGCCGCCCUGCAGGCCUUCUCGCAGGGUAAGAUGCCGUCGACAUCCGGCUCAAAUACGGGAACGUCCACAUCCUCAAGCAAGAGUUCGAAAGCUGCGGCAGCAGCAGCGGCGGCGGCAGCGCAACUGCCACAAAUCCCUGGGAUGUCCAGUGAUUUUUCACAAGCCUUCUUGGCUGAGAUGGCUGCACAGGCAAUGGCGGCUGCUGGCGGAUCGUUGCCACUGAGUGGUCCUGGUUCUUUAGCCAGUUUGGCUGGCUUAACUGGGGGCUCUGCAGGAGGAGCCGGUGGAGGAGGUUCCUCUACCUCAGGAAGCGGCAGCCACUCGUCUUCAAAACGACAGCGUGAGCAGGAUGCCUUCAAACAACAGAUGGACUAUUACACCAAGACCCUGGGCCUGGGAUCGGGAAUCUCGCUAAUACCUACCUCCUCGUCGGGUGGGUCAUCUGCAUCGUCCAGUUCAGCAAACGCAGCAGCAGCUGCCUACGCUGCAGCUUUAGAUGCAGAGCAACAACAUCAACAACAACAGAAGGCGCUUUCCAAACGCUCACGUGGUGAUAUGCACCCCACAAAGGAAGAACUGACUGCAGCUGCCCUUGCAGCAGGACUACCUUUAAAUCUUGGAGCCAGCAUGAGCAGCAUAGAGAAGAGUCUAAGAGGCGGAAGCAGCUCCAGCAGCAGCUCCACGCCAGCGCCCAUGUCUGCGGAACAGGAUAAGGUUACAUUGACUCCCCUUAAUGCCUCUGGAGGUGGAUCAGGCUCCUCCUCUAGCUCAGCGGCUGCUGCGGGACUGGCAGCAAAUCUGCCAAGUCAAACCACAAUAACCAUAGCUCCUCCCAUAAGCAGCGGAGCUAGCACUAGCAGCGAGCGUUCCGAGCGCUCCGAGUCGCGCAUCUCGCUGACCAUCACUAAUGCAGCGGACGCAGCUAAACUACCGCCUCCCUAUGAAGAAGCCGAUGAGUUAAUCAUACAACCCAUACUCAAGAAGCCGGCUGCGGCGAAUCCAGGCAGCAGUCAUGGGGGAAGCGUGGAGGAUUUGGACACUGCUGGAAAUACAUCAGCGGCUAAUCUGAGUGGCUCAUCCUCCAGUUCUGCGGCGGCCGCAGCGGCUGCAGCAGCGGCUGCCGAAGAGAAUCGUCGCUCCUCAAAUCGCCUGAAGCGUCCGAGGUCUGGAAACGAACAGGGAUCUGGUUCCGUGGAAGGACAACCGCCUGAGAAGCGACGGGAGCUGCGAUCCACGCGACACACCCGCUCCUCAGCGGAUGCCAGCACGCUAAAUCUUUCCACAGGAAGCGAGUCAGGUGCGGAGGAACGGAAUGAAUGAGUAUUGCGCAGAUCCGAGCGCCAGCGCUAGCAGGAUGACAUGGCUCCUCCGAAGGGCAGGAGAAAAUUACGGGGAGGAGGAGCCACCACCACCACUAGACAGCCACCACAACAACCGGAGCAGAAAAUCAAGGACAGGAAGAUGACGAGAAACAAGUUGCAGAAGCGAAUGCAAACGAGAUCGAGGCGAAGAUUGAAUGCUAGGCUAACUGUUACCACUAGAUCCCUUAAGCUUAAAGUUGUGUAAAGUAUAAGAAGCAUAUAUAAACUAUAUAUAGAGGUUAGGAGCCAAUGCAGAGGGAGUGGAUGGGGGCUUGUCGCGACGCUCUGCAAUUCGACACUGCUGCAACUCCGUCUGAAUUGUAGGGCACGGCGUCGUCCCCAGCUGAUGGCUUACUCAAGAUCCAUCUGCUGCAUAAAUGGAGCUUGAUAGGUCAAUAGCUUCCUCCCUCUGGCUGCUUAAAUAUUCAUACAGUUACGAACAUAAUUAAAAAGCGCUUAUAAUUUAAUUGUAACGAGAGAAGCAAAGUGCUGCUGCAUAAAGAUUAUCCGUUUAAAUUAUUGCAACCACACACAUAAUUAAUAAGCGACAGCAAGAAUGUUUACAUAAUAGACUAUAUCCAUACACAACAAAACGAGAAACAGAUACUUGGGUUUCCUGCGCUGUCCUCACACAUGCAAAGUCUCUAUAUAUGAUACCUGUACAUAAUUUAUAAUAUUUAAAUGGCUCUCGCAUUGCUUAACCGUUUUUAAUAUAGUAAGGCACCAUGUAUUCUUAUACUGAAUCAUUUUCCACACUUCCACCACCCACUAUGUUGUAUUGUAUACUGUUCUCUCUACUCUCUCUGUGUGUCCCACGACAACUGCGUGUAAUUUUGAUAAUUUUAAUUUUGUAAUUAGUGAAUGUGAAAGGAGUGGAAUGCUAAGGCAAGAAUCAAUCGUUCAAGUGUGUAUUUUAAUUUCAUGUAUUUGUAAUUUGUAUGUUUUAAAAUGCACUCGUGCGUCCCAUGAAGAACAAAAAUCCCAUAAGCUGACCUGCCGCAUAACAAAACAAAUGGAAAAUGUUUAUUGAAAAAUAGAAUUUUUUAAUUAAAUCAAUUUUAAUGUAAUUGAGAAUCGGAGAAUAUGAAUCUUGCACGUUUGAUGAGGAGCAAUGCUUAACUAGGGCAUUUCGCAUAAUUAUUCAGUUGAGUAAACGAAAUUAUGGAUAUCUUUUGCUCGCACUUUACGAGAACAAUUCAUUUAGAGACGUUAACAAAGCCACACACAAAAAGAGAAGAAAGCAAAACAAACAACCAACAUAUAUUGCAUACUUAACUUGUAAGUAUAACUCUUAAUUAAAAUUAUGAUAUAACUGCAGAACAACAAACAAAAGCAAAACAUCAACCAGAAGAAGCAACUACAGCAACAACAGCAAGUAACAAGCGAGCAUCAACUAUUGAUAUUGAUGAUAAAUAAAUAUAUAAAAAAUAAAU